GGUCUGGCUCGACGGUGCAAAACAGGAAGCGAGUGUUGUUUACCUCCAAAGCUAACUAACUAGCAGGGACCAUAGGGAGAGAUACAGAUACAGCAGAUGUUUAAAAAAUGUCACGCUUAUUUGUGCCAAAUCGUUUCUGCGCCACAGGUAGCCUUCUAUUGCGAGUGAAUCUUACGCACAAGCAGCCACAUUCAGAUACACGCUGUGUUUUUAUUCAACAACAGAGACCUUAUGUCGGAGGGUCAAAGAGAGACUCCUUUAAAUACGGGUCAAAAUCUAGGAUCUGGAUAUGUGGGGUUGGUUUGGGGAUUGCUUUAGCUGUGGGACUGAAGUAUCAUGCUGACAGAGCCAACAGUUCCUGUGAUGAUAAAAUAGUCCACAGUGCUGAUCGAUACAGAGAAGCUAUUGAAGUCAGCAGAGACCUCUUGGAGCGGAUAAAGGUAGGCACAGAGACUGAGGUCGGGGCUCCAGGCCUGGUGGUUGGGGUCUCUGUGGAUGGUGUUCAGGUCUGGUGUGAAGGGAUGGGUUAUGCUGAUUUGGAGAACCGAGUGCCAUGCAGCCCAGAAACAGUGAUGCGAAUUGCCAGCAUCAGUAAGCCCCUCACAUCUGCAGCAGCUGCACGACUGCAUGAGGAGGGGAAAUUGGAUCUUGAUAUCCCUGUCCAGCAAUAUGUCCCGGAAUUUCCCCAGAAACAAUUUGAUGGACAGGAUGUCACGAUAACCCCUCGUAUGCUUCUGUCCCACCUCAGUGGUAUACGGCAUUAUGAGAAGGAUGCAAAGAAAGUCAAGGAGGACAGGGAGAAAGCGAAGCGACUGUUAAAGCCCCCGGUGAAAGAGAAAGAGGAUGAAAAGAGCUCCUCUGAAACCAAAGAUAAACCCUCUGCGACAGAACAGAAAGGCAAAGGAGCUGCUCAGGCUCAGAAGAAAAAAGAGUUUCAACAGGAAGAGUAUUACUUAAAGGACAACUUUGAAAGUGUCACCCACGCCCUGGACCUCUUUAAGGAUGACCCGCUCAUUUUCAGACCUGGCACUACUUUUCUGUACUCCACCCAUGCCUUCACCCUGCUCAGUGCUGUUGUGGAGCGAGCGGCAGGUCAGCACUUCCUGGAUCUAAUGAUGAGCAUGUUUCGGGAGCUGGGAAUGCUUAAUACCGUGCCUGAAGAAAACGACCCUAUUAUUUACCACCGCUCUAGGUUUUAUCAUCUCAACAAGAGGGGCCGUGUUGUGAACUGCCCGUAUGUAGACAACUCUUACAAGUGGGCCGGAGGUGGCUUCCUCUCCACUGCUGGUGACCUGCUGCUGUUUGGUAAUGCUCUGCUCUACAGCUACCAGGUGGCUCACCUGAAGGACACACAGGGUUACCUCCCUGGCUUCCUCAGACCCCAAACAGCCAUAGACCUGUGGGCGCCGGUUGACCGGACUGAGGCCAGCUGGGAUAAGGACGGACUGUACGCCCAAGGCUGGCUGGUAGUGGAGAAAGAACAGAAAUAUGGUCAGUGCAGGAAGCGCAGGCACUAUGUGUCGCACACAGGAGGUGCUGUUGGGGCCAGCAGUGUCCUCCUAGUGCUUCCAGAUGAGGAGAUGAGGGAGAGCAUAAGGCCGACCCCCCUCCUCCCACAAGGGGUGGUGGUCACCAUCGUCGCUAACAUGCAGGCUGUGCGACUCAACAGCACAGCACUUAAAAUCGCACAUGAGUUUGACAAAAGCAGAGGCCUGUAAGAGUUGUUUACAGACAAACUUGAGUUUACAUUUGACUGAUUAUACAUCAUUUCAUGUAGUUUUGAUAAAGCUUUU